AACUAAUUUGCGAUAAUCUAAAUCUGUAGUUGUCGUUGCCUGAGCUUUUUGUGAAUGAUCAUCGAAUGCCCUACGAUGAAUUUAUCGGAGUCUUAUUGAAAAAUUAUGCUUGUAUGGCUCGACAUGAGGAUAUUUCAAAAGGUUCAAUUACAUACAGUUAAAAAUAAGCGUAGAUUUGAUGGACACGUAAAAAAGAUCAAUCUAUAGCCGUUAGAUCGAGUAGGAACUCGACCGGGAGAAUCAGAAUAAACUAGAUCAAUCGAUCGAUCGACACUUUAUUCCAACUUAAGCAUAUUUCGCCUUUACUAUCAAGAAUCUGAUUCUUCGACAACAAUAUACGAGCUUUAAUCGAGACAUUCUUAACUACUCCGAUCUGCAACCUCGAUGCCAAGAAAAGUCGACUCGUGUUGCAGCGAUGGGCUCGGCGCUCUCCCGUUUCGUGAAAGUUCUCUUCGCCCGGCGCGAGAUGAGGAUACUAAUGGUGGGACUCGACGCUGCCGGAAAAACCACCAUACUUUACAAACUCAAGCUCGGGGAUGUAAUAACAACCAUUCCGACCAUCGGCUUCAACGUCGAGACAGUCGAGUACAAGAACGUCAGCUUCACGGUGUGGGACGUGGGAGGCCAAGACAAGCGCGAGGAAGUUCCGGCGGUUGAUCUGCAGAUCCGGCCGUUGUGGCGACACUACUUUCAGAACACGCAAGGGAUAAUCUUCGUGGUCGAUAGCAACGAUAGGGAAAGGGUUACAGAAGCCCGGGACGAGCUCCAUAGAAUGCUGAGCGAGGCUGAGCUGCGCGAUGCGACGCUGCUCGUGUUUGCAAACAAAAUGGAUCUUCCGAAUGCGAUGAAAGUUCCGGAGAUCACCGAUAUACUCGGCCUCCAUUCUUUGCGCCAUCGUCGUUGGUAUAUACAGGGUACAUGUGCAACUUCAGGACAGGGGCUGUACGAAGGGUUAGAUUGGCUUUCAAGUAAUAUUUCAACAAAGGGUUAACUAAAAAGUGGAGAUUUAAAGUUAAAGAAGGGUCUAAAGUCAUCAAAAGAUUGAGAGAAAAAGGUUUCUUAGUUGGAGAGUGAGUUAAUUACUUUGGAUUAUUGCUAUCAUAUGUACAUCAAUUUUUGUUCUAUUUAUGUGUGUUUGUUCGGUAGUUUGGAUUUUGAGUUGGGAUUUAAAUAGUAAAAAUUUUGAAUUUAAA